CUCUUUACCACCAGUUAUCAGUGAUUUUAUAACUGAUUUUCUUUUUAAUCGGGUUGAUGCACAAGCAUUCGUCUAUGGGAUGAUGCAUCAGGGAUUUUAUUAUAGUUUAUUUAAUGAUUAUGAUGAUAAUUCAAAGAGCUGUACUGCUAAUAGUUUAGUUGAGAAAGUCGAAAAAUGGAACAAUCCUAUACCUGUAAAUAUUUGGCUUACUGGUCAUUCGCUUGGUGGUUCUUUAGCUCAAGCAUUUUAUGCAAGAUUAAUUAAGAUCCAAAGUUCUCUUGGUAAAAAAAUCGUUGUCCGUGAUGCCGUUGUUUUUGGGUCACUAACUUUGGGUGAUCUUGAUUUUGCAUCUUCAUUCCAUGGCAUGUUAAAUUUAAAAACGAACGAACAUAGAACCCUUUGGCGAAUCAUCGGUGAUGAUGACGUUGCCGCUAGAGUACCACCAAGACAUUUACUUAAACGAUUUCGUCAAUAUGUUACAAAGGAGGAU